UGCCCGACAAAAGACAUUAACUGGUUGAUCGUCCGCAACAGCAACGCCUUCUUGUUGAAGAAGCGUGAUAUCAAGGAAUCAUUCAGCACUGAGCCCAACAACUUGACCAAUGUCAGUUCUUACCGCUACAGUGGCAUCGUGCACAAGAAGACCCUCGGUGUUGUACCAGCCGCCGACAAGAUGGGAUUCACCGUCGUCAUGAAGAAGGGCAAAUAUGCUCAACGUCCCGCCAAGAGCACCGUCAAAGUGACCAUGAAGGCUGGUCCCAGAAGGUCUUUGAAGAAGUUUAGAAAUCUUUUCACCGACAACAAAUACCACAAGGUCUUGACUCAAGCUGCUUUGCGUCGUGCCUCCGCUGUGAUGCGCUCCCAAAGGGCUCCUGAAGUCAUGAAAGCCAAGAAACCAGAAUAAAUGUUAGGUUUUUAAAAAACCUUUUUUAAAAUAUAGACAAA